AUGUGGCAUCGGACCCACGAGGUGCUUCCCGAUUCUGAAGACUAUUGGGUGAAAGUGGACGAGAAGGCGGUGAUGCUCAAAAAUACCGAGAAAUUUAUCGAAUUCCCGUGCGAAACGACUGCUCGAACAGGUGUUUACCGUUUCGACCUCAUCGGCCCGAAUAAUGUGACCGUUACGGCCGAGAAAACACUUUUUGUGAAUGCGUCGACAGAAGUGAAGCUCCAGUUGAGGGAGGGCUCGAUAUUUCCGCAUUGCUCCGAUGAGUACCAGAUACGGUGGACAAAUCCGAGAUGCACCUCCUCGCCUCUGCAAUUCCGGCUUCGGCUACUGGCAGUGCCGGAAGGGAAUCCGGAUCAUGUGGAAGAGAGAGCGAUUUACGUAGAGGAAAUUGUCGAAACCGUCCAUGGCGGCUGGUCCCCAUGGUCUGCCUGGUCACCAUGUGAAGGUGUUUGCGGCACGGGUGUACGCACGAGAUCCCGUGCCUGCGAUUCGCCAAAGCCAAAGCGAGGUCGAGCUUGUUCCGGGGAUGUGAUCGAGCGGUUGACGUGUCCGCUGAAGCCGUGUCCAGAACAAGUGAAACGCAUCGAAAGCGUUGAAGCGCUCAGUCCAAAUCCGUGUAAGCUUUUGAAGCAGUUCAACGCUGCUUUUGCUGAGCUCGUCGUCUAUUCUGAUAAUUUCCAGAAGGCCGCUUCCUGCUCACGGACUCGAAUUGCACGUGCGGGUGUACGG